GUCACUUCAGAUCAAACAAACAAAUCUCAGGGAAUCCAAGUGUCUCCAAGUGUAUCAGACAAUACUACUAAACAUGUCUGGAGUCAAUGGCGGCCGCAGCCAAUGCCAGCAGAAGACUUACUGUCCAGACCCAUGCCAGCUACAAGUUGUCUGCAAAGAUCCAUGCCAGCCUCAAGUUGUGUACAAAGAUCCAUGCCAGCCUCAAGUUGUGUACAAAGAUCCAUGCCAGCCUCAAGUUGUCUGCAAAGAUCCGUGCCAACUAACCAUAUGCCAUGAUCCCUGCCAACCUGCCCAGCAUUACCAUUGCCAAACUGUGCAUUGUACCCAAAAAGUUCACUAUGACCCUUGCCAUCCUUGCCAAUGCUAUGGAAAGCACUAAGUAUUCCCUCCUUUUAAGCAGGACCUAAGGAUUUCAUCAGUCCAACAUACCCCUCCAC